GUUGAUGUGAAGCGUAAGAUUACUGCGCUGAUGAAUGAAGAGGCUGGCAAGUAUGAGGAGCAACAGACUAUCCGCAGCAAAGUGGGACGCAGCAGCAAACACGUUCAUAACGUAUUCCCAUUCUGCCACAACUUCCCCGUUUUUGCUAGAGCUGUUGAGGCGAAGCUGUUUGGACAAGUAAGUAGUAUACAAGCAGCAAAAAUGUUUGGAACCGUACUCAUUUUCUAA